AUGCCCCCUUUACGGCCACUUCUGCCAGCAGCCGAGGGGUAUCAGAGGACCUCACCCACAGCCACGCCUUCAACAAAGCAGAAAGUAUCAGCAGCAUGCCACAGUUGCCGUAAAUCCAAAAAAGAGUCACGUCAGAUCAGGCAAAGAUAUGCUCAACUGCAAAAGCAGGAAUCUACGCACGAGAAGCUUAUCGGAAUGAUUAGGAGUAUGCCAGAGCAAGACGUUGCCGAAAUUGUCCGUCGCCUAAAAGCUGGUAUGGAUGCCGCAUCCAUAGUAAGCUUCGUGAGGGAUGGAAAUUUGCUCAUGCAGCUCUCAUUGACACCUGAGACUAGUCGUCGAUAUGAGUUCCCCUUAGUGACCGCGAUGCCAUACCACCUCUACAUCGGUGGCAACCCAUAUCUAGACUCUCCGUACCACAGGUCCUUGUUUCCUCAUUCGGCUAGUGGUAGUGAAGACUCGAGUCAGAGAACCAAAGUUCAAGGUGUUGACAAAGACAACCGACGUGCAGCAGACGACGAGAUCCAUCCUAGCGCGUACGAGCUGCCGUACCACACUACGCAAAUGAUCGAGCCAUUGAUGGAGAAAGUUACCGCGGCACCAUGGACCAAGGUCAUUUCCGAUGAUCGUCUGUUCAGAAGACUCAUUUCCUCCUACUUUUGUUACCCUCAUCCUUGCGGUCCUUUCGUACAUAAGGAUCUAUUCUUAGAGGAUAUGGCUGCGGGCCGGACUAACUUUUGUUCGCCAUUGUUGGCCAAUGCUAUGCUUGCGAAUGCUUGUCAAAGUUGCUCUACCAUUCCAGACCGUUCCAAGGUAUGGCUGCCAGAGUCUCUGACAUAUAGAUUCACGGCUGAAGCAAGACGAUUGUGGGAUUUGGAAUCGUUGCCGGGCAGGAGCAAAAUCCCGACCAUACAGGCGGCGCUCAUACUCAGCUACAAUUCGACAAACAACGGCUUAGAUGAAAUCGGGACCAUAUAUGCGAGACGGGCUUGUGAGAUGAGCCAAGACCUAGGGUUAUUUGGUCCGGAGGAGUGGGGAGCUGGCACAAAGAUGGAGAAAGCUCGUCUCUUUACAGCCUGGGCGGUCUUUUCUUGGCAGGCCAUGUUCGACUAUUACUUCUUUCGUCGACCAUACUUCAGCCAACCGCCGCAAAUGCCGUUGCCGAACCCGAGGCUACAUUCUGAUUGGUAUGGAGAAGUGUCAUUCCAGUAUCCUCGAGAUCCACGACCGAUGCCAUUGUCGAUUGGAUAUAAAUUCUAUUGUGAGACAGCUCUUCACAAGAUCAUAAAUGAUAUAGGGCUACUUACAUUCGGAAGGCCCUCAGCGCAGAUGCUUACUCUCGAUGAGCUUGCUGUAAUCAAAAGGGAGCUCGAUAAAUGGAAGAAUUUAUUGCCUGAGGCGUUCCAGCCAGAGAAGGUUGUCCUGCCAUCCCACCUGAUGUUACAUGUCCAAUAUUGGCAAAUCGUGAAGGCCAUAGCGCAAUUGAUGGUGAAAGCGGAAAGUGUGGAAAGAUCCAAGGCAGCGGCCCUGUGGCCAGAAAAGAGCCCCCAAUCAUCCCUCCACGAAGCCCGCAUCAUGCUUGAAACAGCCUCUUGCAUAUACUAUGCACGGCACGGAUUCGAGUUUUACGAUCCCUGGGUUGCUUUCACAUUGACUAUAAUUGGCAACACUGUCAUUGACGAUCUCAAGGCAGGAUCAAUCAUAGAUCCUCGUAUUCUAGCAGGCUACCGUUCGCUUCUGAUUCUCUCAGCACAAGGUCUGGCUAGCCAAAGUCAUCACUACCACAAUGGCACACUCCUGGCAACUCAGCUUCAGAGCGCCAUGAGUCCUCAGGACUUGCAGCUGGCUUGCACACAUGUCAAAGAAGCGGGAAUGAGUAAAUUGGACCAGUUGUUGGUGGCAGAGCACUCUCAAAGCCACUGGCCUCUACCAGACAAGGUGGCGAUUAAUGAAGAUCCGGAAAAGGUAAAAUUGAAUACAUUGCUGCAGGGUAUUGAAGAAAUUCAGCUUCAGCAGUGUGAGGAGCGAGAAACGUGA